AUGUCGAGCACCGAUGCCUCUGGAAGCACCUUUGGCCUCUCCGACCGGUCGGUCAAUGAGUUUGCUGAGCAUACCGCUGUGGCUUGCCUCAUCGGCAUCGCGUGGUAUAAUGCUCUCGAGUUAAUUGUCCUCUGCUUCGCUACCUUUAAGCGCUAUGGCGGGUGUUACUUCUGGUGCCUGCUCAUCGCCUCCUUCAGCAUCAUUCCUUUCGGCCUCGGAUACCUCCUCAUCAUCUACGACAUCUAUUCGAACCUCUUCCCCGUCGCCAUGGAGCUCAUCGCCUGGGUUGGCAUGGUGACCGGCCAGUCUCUCGUGCUGUGGUCCCGACUCCACCUUGUCGUGCACAGUCCAAGAGUCCUCCGCGCUUGUCUCGCCAUGAUUAUCAUCGACGCGAUCCUCUUUCACAUCCCGGCCGCUGUCCUCGAGCUCGGCAGUCACUCCAACAAGUCAGAGCUCUUUACAUCGGCCUUCAAUAUCUUCGAGCGCAUUCAACUGGUCGCCUUCUCGCUGCAGGAGGCCGUGCUAUCCGCAAUAUACUCGUGGGAAGCAGUGCGGUUGUUAAACCUCCGCCCGCGUGGCCACUACCGAGGCACGCUUGUGCAAUUACUGGUCGUCAACCUGGCCAUGAUCCUCAUGGACGCCGCCAUCAUCGGCGUCCAGUACUCGGGUCUCUUCGACAUCCACGUUACCCUCAAAGCCCUGGCAUAUAGCAUCAAGCUUAAGCUCGAGUACGCCAUCCUGGGCAAGCUGGUCCACUUCACGGAGAUGAGCGGCAGCACCGACUCGGCGCCUACCGACCUGUCAGAUUUCGUGGAUCUCUCCUUCCACCAACGCCAGCAACAACCGGCAGAUAGCGACAGCCAGGCGCGCAUCUGUGACACACCUAACUUUAAUCUUAACGAGCGAGCACGAGUCACGUCGAAGCAAUCCUUCAAUGAUCCCCGGAUAUCAGAUAAAUUGGCCACUCCCAGUUCGAGUGACGAGAUCGCGUGA